GCGAUAAAUCUCCCCAGGAGCAUUGAGUAACUCCAAAAGUUCGAUCGCAAAAAUAGCGUUUCGCAUGUAAAAUCAUGCGUUCCUUAACUUCUGUCCCUACACUGAGUCCUGAAUGGGCAACCCUUGUGGACGGGGUGCGGCGGAAACGGGACGAGUCUAUUGCAGCUGUGAUGUCCCCGGAAUCUAUUCCUUUACACGAGGUCCCCAGCAAUGUCAGCCAGGUGCCCCGCGAAGUCCUACCGGUGCAGGUCUGCACUGUUACCGAAACUCCCUUGCCAGAGUUAUUACAGCAGCUGGCUAGCCGCGAGGUAACCGCAGUCGCGGUGACAGAGGCCUUCCUUCGUCGAGCUGCUCUGGCUCAAGGGCUGGUGAAUUGCGUGACUGAGCUGCUACCUACCGCUGCUCUCAAGCGAGCGGCUUUUCUGGACGACUACAUUGCGCAACAUGGAAAGCCUCUGGGUCCUUUACACGGCCUGCCAAUUAGUGUCAAAGAACACAUGGCAAUGGCAGAUUGGGAAGUCAACUUCUCCUUCGUUGCCCAGAUUGGUACCAAAGCGACUACGGACGGGGAAGUCUUGAGGAUACUGUGGGAGGCCGGCUGUGUGUUUCACGCGCGGACAACUCAGCCGCAGUCUCUACUUCAUGUAGAGACUUCCUCGAACAUAUACGGUGUGACCGUGAACCCGUUCAAUACAAACUUGACGUGUGGAGGCAGCUCUGGAGGAGAAGGGGCCCUUAUUGCCCUGAGAGGAAGCUGUCUUGGGGUUGGUUCUGACACCGGGGGCAGUAUUCGAGUUCCAGCAGGUCUGUGCGGGAUAUAUGGUAUGAAGGCAUCAUCCGGACGAGUUCCUAUGAGCGGGCUACUGCCUUUGACGAUGGGACGGGAGCAGAUCCCCUCAGUUGUGGGGCCUAUGUCUGCGACGCUGGAGGGCCUGGAACUUUGGAUGAAGGUCGUCUGCUCUCGCAAGACAUGGCUCAAGGAGCCCACCCUAUUGCCUAUGGCAUGGCGAGAUGAGGUAGACUGGCUGGGAAAGACUGGAGGUAGCAGCAAGUUUAAGAUAGGUGUGAUGUGGAAUGACGGCGUCGUUCAACCCCAGCCUCCCGUAACUCGAGCCCUACGUCAGGUAGUCGACCGGCUUCGGGUGCAUGAAGAGGUGGAGAUUGUGGACUGGAAGCCACACGAUCAUAGCCGUGGUGGUGAGAUUUUUGCCCGCUUGUUGUUUGCCGAUGGGGGGAAAUUCAUGAAACAGCGUCUGGACCAGGCGGGAGAGCCCUUGCGGCCGCUGAGUCAGUGGGCUUUUAAUGAAAACCCUCACUGUCGAGAAACAACAUUAGACGAACUCUGGGAAUGGACGGGCAAGAGAGACACGUACAGGCACAAGUACGCAAAUGCGUGGAAUGUAACCGCAACCGGAGUUGAUGCACAUGGUGACCCCGUCGGCUGUGUAGAUGUUAUUCUGACCCCAGUCGCUCCUGGCGUAGCACCACCCCUAGAUCAUUCGCAUAAUUGGCUAUACACGAGUAUAUGGAAUUUGCUCGACUACCCUGCCGUGUCAUUCCCAGUGACGCAUGCUGAUGCUGGGCUGGAUCCACGGAAUGAUCUUUAUACGCCCCAAAAUAAGCUGGACGCGGAGAACCACCAUCUCUACGAUCCUCAGAUGCAUCACGGAGCUCCUAUUGCGCUUCAGUUGGUGGGUCGGCGAUGGGAGGACGAAAAGGACUUAUUGGCAGCUUCGCACAUCGGAUAG